AGCAACCUUAUCUUCUGAAAGUGCCAAUGCCUCUAAUUUUUCCUACCAAAUUUAACAGAAAAACAAAGAAAAAUUAAAGCAAAGGUAACCAAAAUAAGAAGAAAAAAAAAAUGGCAACUGCAUUUCUCUCAACUGCUAACUCCUUCCUUCCCUCACCUCUCUCCUCUUCAACAUCGUCUUCCUGUUCUUCUUCAUCAUCAUUAGCACCAGCAUCAGUUUACCUCAACAAUCAAAAUGUCAAAAGAAGACCAACCCUUUGCAAAGCAUUCAAUGAAUCACCACCACCCUCUCGAGCUUUAAACAAAAGAGGCUUCUCCCUUUGCUUCAUCUCCAGCUUAGUCUUGGCUGCUGGUAAUGGUUGCUCCAAUGCCAAUGCAGCAAUUCUAGAGGCGGAUGAUGAUGAAGAGCUUUUGGAGAAAGUCAAGAGAGAUAGAAAGAAAAGGCUUGAAAGACAAGGAGUAAUCAGUUCAUCAGACCGAGAGAAAGGGUAUUUACAGGAUCUGGUAUACAAGUUAAGCAAAAUAGGUCAAGCCAUAGACAACAAUGAUCUGUCUGCAGCCAGUACAGUUCUUGGGGGAAGCACUGAUACAGAUUGGGUCAAGAAUGCCAAUCUAGCCUUCAGCAAGCUGAGCUCUAGUCCUGAAGAAAAGACUCAGGUGGAGACCUUUAAUUCUUCAUUAGCUUCAUUGAUCUCAUCAGUUACCAAAAAUGAUGUUGAAUCAUCCAAGGUAGCAUUUGUGGUGUCGGCAAGUGCAUUUGAGAAAUGGACAACCUUAACAGGGCUCGUUGGACAACUUAAAGGCCUCUGAAGAAAAGAAUGAUGAAUCUUAAUUUUGUUCUUUUUAGCUUCCAUUGAGAAACGCAUUUAAGGUUUCAUUUAUCCUCCAAUAUAGAGUUUUACUGGAACCUUAUUAGCUUCUUUUUUUUUUUUUUUCCUUCUUCACAAUUCAUCUAGUCCAAAAUUUGGGAUCAACAGACUGUUUUUCGUAAGAGCUGUAAUCCCUGCUCAGUUUGUUUGUGCUCGGUUGUUAGUAAGAUUUCUCAGUAAGCACCAUAAAUUCUGAUGCAAUCCUUGCU